GAGCCCUCUGGUGGAGAGAAUCAGAUGCCACAUGUGGGAGGGCUAGGGAGGCUGGGCAGGUACAGGACAGGAUCCUCUCAGAGCCCAGGACAGGAUUUCUUAUCUGCUUCCCCUGUUGCAGAUACAAGACCUACCCUGGUCUUCUUCACCCUGAACUUCACGAUCACCAACCUGUGCUACACCGAGGACAUGGGGCAUCCCGCAUCUGCCAAGUUCAACACCACGGAAAAGGUCCUACAGGACAUGCUCAGUCCUUUGUUAGAGAACACCAGUAUUGGCACCCUCUACUCCAGCUGCAGAGUGACCUCACUCAGGCCUGAGAACGAUGGAGCAGCCACCAGAGUAGAUGCCAUCUGCACCUACUCCUCUGACCCAACAAGCACUGGGCUGGACAGAGAGCAACUGUACUGGGAACUGAGCCAUGGGACCCACGGAGUCACCCGGCUGGACCCCUACACCCUGGACAGUGACAGCCUUUAUGUCAAUGGUUACACCUCUCAGGCCCUGACCUCCACCCCCAGCACUGCUGUGGCCUCUACCAUCUCCCUGGCAACCUCUGUAGCCCUGGUCCCCACUCCCUCAGGAGGUCAGCUCAGUGGGUGUCUCUCUCCCACUCUCACUGCAGGCACUGGCCCUAUCCUGGUGUCCUUCACCCUCAACUUCACCAUCACCAAUCUCCACUACAAGGAAAACAUGCUUCUCCCGGGUUUCCUGAAGUACAACAACACAGAGAAGAUCCUACAGCGCCUGCUUGGGCCCUUGUUCAAGAACACCAGUGUCGGCCCCCUGUACUCUGGCUGCAGACUGACCUCGCUCAGGCCUGAGAAAAACGGGGCCGCCACCGGAGUGGACGUCAUCUGCACCCACCGCCCUGACCCCAAGGGCCAAGGGCUGGACAGAGAGAAGCUGUACUGGGAACUGAGCAGGCUGACCCGUGGGGUUACCCAGCUGGGCCCCUAUACCCUGGACAGGGACAGUCUCUACGUUAGUGGUUACACUCACCAGAUCUCAGCCACCACCCCCAGAACUUCUGUGGUGGACACACUUUCUGCAGGGUUGCUGACCCCCUUCUCCAGUUCUACAGUCCCUGGCCCAGCCCUGGUGCCCUUCACCCUCAACUUCACCAUCACCAACCUUCGCUACAUGGAGGACAUGUGGCCAGGCUCUGCCAAGUUCAACUCCACGGAGUCAAUCCUGCAAUUCCUGCUCAAGCCCUUGUUCACCAACAGCAGCAUCAGUUCCCUCUACACUGGCUGCAGGCUGACCGUACUGAGGCCCAAAAAAGAUGGAGAAGCCACUGGAGUGGAUGCUGUCUGCACCUACCACUCUGAGCCCACAGGCCUUGGGCUGGACAGAGAGUGGCUCUACUGGGAGCUGAGCCACCAGACUCAUGGCAUCACCCGGCUGGGCCCCUACACUCUGGACAGAGACAGUCUCUAUGUCAAUGGUGAGUGGUGGUUACACCAGACCAGCCUGGACUCCCAUUCCCAAUGCUCCACAGCCCCUAGCUAUGUCCUGGUGCCCUUCACCCUCAACUUCACCAUCACCAACCUGCGCUACGUGGAGGACAUGCAUCUCCCAGGCUCCCUGAAGUUCAAUACCACGGAGAAGGUCCUGCAGCACCUGCUCAAGCCCUUGUUCAAGAACACCAGUAUUGGCCUUCUCUACUCCAGCUGCAGACUAACCUCCCUCAGGUCUCAGAAAGAUGGAGCAGCAACCAGCAUGGAAGCCAUAUGCACCCAUCACCCCAACCAUGCAGGCCUUGGGCUGAACAGAGAGCAGCUGUACCAGGAGCUGAGCCAGUUGACCCAUGGCAUCACCCAGCUGGGCCCCUACACCCUGGACCAAGACAGUCUCUAUGUCAAUGGUGGGGGGCUGCCAUCUUGUUUUGCAUCCCAGAAGUCCUCACAUCCUCCCUCCUCAUCUCACCCUUUCCCUUCUCUCUCACUUACCUCAUCCUUUUCCCCUCCACCUCUGCAGCAUGGCCUCUCUUCUCCUUCCUUUGCUGCAGCCACAGGCCCCACACUGGUGCCCUUCACCCUCAACUUCACCAUCACCAACCUGCGCUACACCGAGAACAUGGGGCCUCCAGGCUCUGUGAAUUUCAACACCACAGAGAAGGUCCUGCAGUAUUUGCUUGGCCCCUUGUUCAAGAAUAACAGUGUUGGUCUCUUCUACUCUGGCUGCAGACUGAUCUCGCUCAGACCUGAGAAGUAUGGAGCAGCCACCACAGUGGACGUCAUCUGCACCCACCACCCUGACCCAGGGGGCCCAAGUCUGAACAGAGAGCAGGUUUACUGGGAGCUGAACCAGCUGACCAAUGGAGUCACCCAGUUGGGCUCCUAUACCCUGGACAGGGACAGUCUCUAUGUCAACGGUUACACCCACCGGACCUCAGCCACCACCUCCACCAGGACAACUUCCUCUUUCUCCCCCAACGCAGCUCCUGAACUUGCCUUGGUUCUGCUCACUCUUAACUUCACCAUUACCAACCUGCUCUACACGGAUAACAUGGGAUGCCCAGGCUCCACCAAGUUCAACUUCACUGAGAAGGUUCUGCAGCACCUGCUUGGGCCCUUGCUCAAUAAGUCCAGUGUGGGAACCCUCUACUCUGGCUGCAGACUGACCUCGCUCAGGCCCAAGAAGGAUGGGAAAGCCACCAGAGUGGACACCAUCUGCACCCUCCACCAUGACCCUGAGAGCCGCAGCCUGGACAGAGAGCGGCUUUACUGGGAGCUGAACCAGCUGACUCAUGGGGUCACCCAGCUGGGCCCCUACACCCUAGACAGGAACAGUCUCUAUGUUAACGGUUACACCCGCUGGGCCUCAGCCACCUCUUCCACCACUCCUGAACCUGCCCUGGUUCUGUUCACCCUCAACUUCACCAUCACCAACCUGCGCUACACAGAUGACAUGGGACGCCCAGGCUCCACCAAGUUCAACGUCACUGAAACGAUCUUACAGCACUUGCUUGGGCACUUGCUCAAUAAGACCAGUGUGGGCACCCUCUACUCUGGCUGCAGACUGACCUCGCUCAGGCCUAAGAAGGACAGGGAAGCCACCAGAGUAGACACCAUCUGCACCCUCCGCCCUGACCCUAAGGGCCACAGGCUGGACAGAGAGCGGCUUUACUGGGAGCUGAACCAGCUGACCCAUGAAGUUACCCAGCUAGGCCCCUACACCCUGGACAGGGACAGUCUCUAUAUCAACGGUUAUACCCACUGGGCCUCAUCUAUCAUCAACAUUAGUGAGUAUUACACAUACCAGUAUCCCUCUGUGCCUGUUUUGACCAGGGUCCCAGGCAACUUUGGCUAUUACUAUGGUCCAAAGAGACAACUUGCUCUUCCUCCCCAUGCAGCUCCUGAACCUGCCCCGGUUUUGUUCACCCUCAACUUCACCAUCACCAACCUGCGCUACACAGAUGACAUGGGACUCCUGGGCUCCACCAAGUUCAACUUGACUGAAAAGAUCCUGCAGCGCCUGCUUGGGCCCUUGCUCAAUAAAACCAACGUUGGCCCCCUCUACUCUGGCUGCAGACUAACCUCACUCAGGCCCAAGAAGGAUGGGGAAGCCACCAGAGUGGACACCAUCUGCACCCUCCGCCCUGACCCUGAGGGCUGCAGGCUGAACAGAGAGCGGCUUUACUGGGAGCUGAGCCAGCUGACCCAUGGGGUCACCCAGCUGGGCCCCUACACCCUAGACAGGGACAGUCUCUAUGUCAAUGGUUAUACUCGCUGGGCCUUAGCCACCACCUCCAACAAGUCCCAGGCAACCUUGGCCGUUACUGUGAUCCAAAUGGACAUCUUUCUCUUCCUCUCCAAUGCAGCCCUGGUUCCAUUCACUCUCAACUUCACCAUCACCAACCUGCGCUACACAGAUGACAUGGGACACCCAGGCUCCAGAAAGUUCAAUUUCACUGAAAGAGUCCUGCAACGCCUGCUUGGACCUUUGCUCAAUAAGACCAGUGUUGGUCCCCUCUACUCUGGCUGCAGACUGGCCUGGCUCAGGCCUGAGAAGGGCAGAGCAACCACCGGAGUGGACGCUGUCUGCACCUACUACUCAGACCCCAAAGGCCCCAGGUUGGACAGAGAGCGGCUAUACUGGGAGCUGAGCCAGUUGACCCAUGGUGUCAACCGACUGGACUACUACAGCCUAGACCGGGACAGUCUUUAUGUCAAUGGUUACACAUAUGGAGCCUCAGCCUCAGCCACCACCACCGGGGAGGUCAGUGAGGAGCCAUUCACCCUGAACUUUACCAUCAACAACCUGCGCUAUUCGGCGGACAUGGGCCGCCCCGACUCCCUCAAGUUCAACAUCACGGACACCCUCAUGCAGCACCUGCUCAGCCCAUUGUUCCAGAGGAGCAGCCUGGGUGCCCGAUAUGCAGGCUGCAGGCUCACUGCACUAAGGUCUGAGAAAAAUGGUGCCUGGACAGGAGUGGACGCCCUCUGCACUUACCGGCAGCACCCCAGGGGUCCAGGCCUGCAUGCCAAGCAGGUGUUCCAUGAGCUGAGCUGGCAGACCGGUGGCAUCACCCGGCUGGGCCCCUACUCACUGGACAAGGACAGCCUCUAUCUCAAUGGUUAUAAUGAACGUGGUCCAGCUGAGCCUCCUACAACUCCUGAGCUGGCCACCACAGUCCUGCCUCCCUCAUCAGCACCUGUGAAGCCAGAAGCCACCACAGCUACAGGACACACCCUGAAGACCUUCAUGCUCAACUUCACCAUCUCCAACCUCCAGUAUUCACCAGACAUGAGCAACCUCAGCUCUGCUACAUUUAACUCCGCCGAGAGGGUCCUGCAGCACCUGCUCAGGCCCUUGUUCCAGAACAGCAGCCUGGGCCCCUUCUACUCAGAUUGUAGACUGAUUUCCCUCAGGCCUGAAAAGGACAGGGCAGCAACCAGAGUGGACACCAUCUGCACCUACCACCCUGACCCUGCAGGCCACAGCCUGGACAGAGAGCGACUGUUCUGGGAGCUGAGCCAGCUGACCCAAGGUGUCACCCAACUGGGUCACUAUACCCUGGACAGGGGCAGUCUGUCUGUCAAUGGCUAUGCAUCCCAGAGUCUAUCGACCCAGAGCGAGUACCUGCUGCACUUUCGCAUCGUCAACCGGAAUCUCAGCAACCUGGACCCUGCGUCCUCAGAGUACACUGCCCUGCUGUGGGACAUCCAGGACAAGGUCACCACACUCUAUACAGGCAGCCAGCUACGAGAUGUGUUCCGCUCCUGCCUGGCCACUGACUUGAAGUUGAGCUCUGGGUUGGUCACCAUCGAGGCCCUGUUCUCCUCUAAACUGGAACCCAGCAUGGUGAAGCAAGUCUUCCUAGCCAGGACCCUGAAUGCCUCAUCCCACUGGCUGGGCACCACCUACCAGUUGGAAGACCUGCACGUGAUAGUACUUUAUUUUCCAGGAGUGGGGCCAUUAGUUUAUCUACUGACAGACAAACCAACGAGCAGUCCCAGCCCCGACCACUUCCAGCUGAAUUUCACUAUCACCAACCUAUUUUAUUCCCAAGACAUAGCCCAGCCAAACUCCACCAAAUGCCAGCGGAACAAGAGAAGUAUUGAGGAUGCGCUCAACCAGCUCUUCCGAAACAGCAGCAUCAAGAGUUCAUUUUUAAACUGUCAAGUUAUAGCAUUCAGAUCUGUUCCCCUCAGCAACCACACCGGGGUGGACUCCCUGUGUAACUUCUCACCAUUAACUCGGAGACUGGACAAAAUUGCCAUCUAUGAGGAAUUCCUGCAGCUGACCGAGAAUGGUACCCAGCUACAGAACUUCACCCUGGACAGGAGCAGUGUCCUUGUGGAUGGGUAUUCUCCCAACAGACAUGAUGCCUUGACUGAGAAUGCUGACCUCCCCUUCUGGGCGAUCAUCCUCAUCUGCUUGGCGGGACUCCUGGGACUCAUCACCUGCCUGAUCUGCUGUUUCCUUGUCACCACCUGCCUGCGAAAGAAGGAGGGAGACUAUACGGUGCAGCGCCACCGCCUGGGCUAUUACCUGCCACACCUAGAUUUGAGGAAGCUUCAAUGACUGGAUCUGCUUGAGACCCCUUCCCCCAGCCAGGGUCCAAAGAAGCUUGACUGGAGCAGAAAUAAACCAUAUUGGUCGGACACAGCCUUUUGGUCUUUUGUGACUCGGCUCUCACUGGUUCACAGCAGACUAAUAGAGAAGGCUCCCCCUUUCUUUAAUCCUGAAGGCACUGUUUUGUGGCCUCACACUAUUUCAUCCCUCAGGGACACCAGAUCUACUGAAACUGGUACCGAAAUUACCCAUUAUAUAAAGUCAAUGUCCCACUGCUCUGUGAGGUUUUUCACUUCUUAGUCACCCACUAUACGCCUCCCCUGGACCCCUGUGCCGACCAUCACUCAGCCACCACCCAUCUGUGUUUCUCCCUCUCCCCACCUCCUGCAGAGGCCCUGGCAAGCUCAAAUUCUGCAUUUGCUACUUCAUUUUCUGAAGCCCAGAUUCAUCAGG